AUGCUCCCAAAUCAAGCACGAUUCUCCAGUGGAGAUAAUGGAGACACGUCAAGAUGGCCUCGCCCUAUUUACGCGUCGGAGAGAAUCACUAUCCACAAGUCCACCUUCCUUGCACAUGCUACCGAGAUUCGAGAUGGGGACAUGGUGCCUGAAUUUAUAGACCAUCUCACGAGUCUGCCCCAGUUGAAACGGGCGACCCACUGCAUGUACGCUUACCGUGUGUCAUCUGAAUCUACGAAACUCUCGCUCGGACAACAAGACGGCGGCGAGAGCGGCGCUGGUGAUCAUCUGGCACGUUUGCUGGAGCUGUCACGAUGCGAAAAUGUUGUCGUCGUGGUCUCAAGGUGGUAUGGCGGAGUGCAGCUGGGAUCAGAGCGGUGGCGGAGAAUAUCAGAGGUUGCGAAGGACGCAUUGAAUAAAGGAGGAUUCAUGAGGAAACGGGAGGAAAACACAAUACAGUCGGGUACUUCAAAGAAGGGGAGGAAACCAAAGAAAAAGAAGUGA